AGUUUGAGAGACACAACACUGUCAAAUUAGUAAGUGAGUAAGUAAGUUCUAGACAUAAUCAAAAUUUUCCCGGACUUCAAAAGGUAGCCAGCCGUCAGACAACCAGGUCAAUAAUGCAGCAAUUCGCGUUCUGGAGGAGCGAGGCUAAGAAGAAACAGCUCGAGCAGAUCUCACCCAUAUGGAAGGACCUGAAUGCCACAUUUGUGACUGUCCUUAGCUGGAGUUGGCUCAUCUACAUCUUGUCCGCAUUGGUAAUCCUCGUCUGUGGUUAUUUCGCAUAUUGUGAGCGAUGCCGCCGAACAGAAUCAGUGCGACGACGACGUGUGAUUCAAAGAGCUCAAGAACGACCCCCACAGAAACGCCGCCCAAAUGCGGCUUACCGGGAUCACCAGAUCUACCGGCACAUUAUCCUAAGUGUGGCCAAGUACAUGAAGAAUCCUGAGGGUAUUCGCCCGUUUAUAGACCACAUGGAUCAGCUAUAUCCCUUGAGACAUCCCUUAGCUGACCAGCAGCAAGUAGCUGAGCUCUCCCUAAACGUUAAUGAUGCAGAACCAAGUGCUGGAGAGGAUUAGUAAUUAAGGUUUGAGGCGGUCAACCUUUGCAAAUAAACAAAAGUUGGAUUAGAAAUUUGAAGAGAAACAAAAUUUUGAAUAAAAUUUCCAUUUCUAUUUCUAUACAAAAA